AUGCCGCGGUUCGCAGCCUUGGUUGUUUGGUUGCGCUUUGGCCUGGGCUGGUCAGGGCGUGGCGCGCAGACACUGCAUCAGAAGAUCCAUGCCCAUAACACUUUGAACGCGAAUGAGACCCGCACCGGAACCUGUGAGAGCCAGACUUUGCCACAGCAGAUUCCAGCACUAAAUUAUGGUGCCAAGCCGACGAAAGCUCUUUCCAACGCAUGCUGGCAGAGGUGUGCAGGAACGGAGAUCGCGGGAAAGCACCUUCAUGAAUCGGCUGUGAGGGCAAUAGCCGGCUUUGCACAGGAUGAUGGGCUUGUGAAAAUGGUGAUCUACGGAACCUUGCAUGCAACGGGUGUACUGCCCAAUUGGGAAGUACAUGAACUUUGCCAGAACACGUUCGACCUCAUCCAAAUGAAGUGUCCGAGAGGUUACUUCAAGAAAUCCUGCGUCCAGGAGUUUAAUGGCGACUAUUACACAAAGAGCAACCCUAAAUGUGCCCGUGCAUACGAUGCUCUCGGGAAGAACAACGGGGAGUAUCGAUGUGCGUUUGCGGCUUGGUGGGACUCCUGCUGCAGUACCAGAGAUCACCAGGAAGACACCGAAUGUGCGCAGUGCGGCCAGGACCAGUAUUUCUGCACCUGA